AAUCCAGGGAAGUAUGGGGCUUAUCUAAACACUCAUCAAACUCAUUGUUUCACCAUAAAAAGCCUAUUCAAGUUCAUCAAAUGACAACAGGGACGCGUGUGCCUUUGUUCAGGAGACUUUGACAAGCUGUGAAACUUUGUUUGGGACCAAAAACUUGGCUUUGGCGGUGCGAUAAUCCCACAUUGUUGAGAACUGGUUUCUGCGGCUGGACUUUUUCAGCACUUUUCAAGCUGCUGAGGCCGUGUUUCGUGCAAACUUCGGACAUUUCGGAUGCCUUUAUCAGUCUAGAUGGCCGAGAUGGAUUUCCAUGCGGCGAUGGAGACGUUUGCCGAGGCAUGGGUGGCUGCGAAUACCCCCACCGCCGUCAAUCCGGACCCCCCUCAAGCUCAGAACCUUGGCCCGUCUUCCAUUGAAUUGCCAACGCCACAAGAAGAACAUGGCAAAAAACCAAGCGUCUCAGAGUCACCGAGCCAACCUCCAAAAAGUCCCAAACAGCCACCAUCUGCCUCAAUAUCAGGGAAAUCCAUGCCAGUCCACUGCCUUAUAGAAACCACUGCCUCGCCUCAAGGUUUUGAAAGUGGGGGUGGAAGUGUCGAAUUAGAUAGUUACGCCAUUAUACCAAAUACGACGCUGUUUUCAGAAAUCGUCCGAACUGCCCUUAUCAAAUUGGGUUAUAGUCCGUCUGAGGCGAUGGGUGCUAAAGGUGCUGUCCAGCUCAAGAACUGGAAACCGUUGACAUUUGAUAUGAUAACAGACAAUCCAGAGGUGACGGUUGAAGACAUUUUGGGUGAUAUCACGCCAGUUGCUACGAUACGAAUCAAGCUGUGCAGCCAACGUAAGACGAGCACAACGAACGACUUGAAGGACAAACUGCUGCAGGUGCUACUGGCACAGUCGCGAGGGAUGCUGCUGGGAUCUGGGUGCCCCAUCGAAAAGGAAGUGAUGACGCUAAUUGCUAAGGGCGAGACUGACAACAUCGACACAGACAAGCGGAAAGCGUUUGAUCGCUGGCACCAGGAACAGCUGGAGAAGGUCAAGGCCACGAUAAAGACAGAACAUACCACGACGGAACCUGAAGAAAAAACUCACAGCGUACCACGGUCGCCAUCUCCAGCGAAGGAGACAGAAACACCUCGUGUUCCACCGUUACCAAACGCCCCAACGCACAAAACGAGAUUCCGGACGUCUUUUGAUCCAGAUUUAGAAAUACCCAGACUGCAUCAGUGGUUUCAUGAAAAUAAGCAUCCGACCAGGGAGAAGAUGAUUCACUUUCUCAGUGAGUUGAAUUCGUUGGAGUCACGCAAGGGCCGUAAGCCGCUGGAUUUGACGAACAUUAUCUAUUGGUUUAAGAAUGCUCGUGCUGCGCAGCGGAGAGCAAGUAGAAGUAUGGAGAUGUCGGUCGAUGAGAGCCACCUGAUGGACAAUGAUGACAACAGUUCGGACCAUCAUAGCACUUCUGAUGAACAUAUACCGGUUUUGCCAAAUAAAAAUGCUGUUUAUGUCGUCAACCCACUACACAACCACAACGAAUCACAGGAGGGGUUCAGAAAUAAAAAUGGCAUGUUCGAAAGUAGCGCUUUGGAUAUGACGUCACAGGGUCAAGGUCAGCGGUAUUCACCGCCAGCGGAGAGGAAUCAUGAAGAAGCUAUUGACAUGUCAACGUCGUCAAGAACUGAUCGGGAAAUUGCUUCGUCGUCUGUAUCUGGGCAGUCAGAUAAUAGUGAUCAACGAAAAAGUUCUUCCGAUGAAGAGAUGUCCGAUUAUGAAGAUGACCCAGAUAGUGUUCAGAUCAAACAGGACCCGGACGCCUACCUCGACCAUCCAAUCAGAUCUCUCCCUAACUCCCUUCCAUCCAAUCAUAUGGCUUUACACAACUCGCUGACGUCACCACACUCGCCUGCUCACGCACACAUGAUGUCGGCAGCGAUGAACUAUCGUUUGGGCAGCCUUGGGCAUCUUGGGCGCAAUCACUCUGCGUUGGGCCAGCAUCCGUUUUACAGCGUGAUGUCUCCGUCGAUGUUAGAAGAGCGGCGUAAACGUACCCGCGUCUUCAUCGAUCCGUUAUCGGAGAUUCCGAAAUUAGAGAAAUGGUUUAUAGAAGAUACCCACCCAACUGCCUACAUGAUCGAGAAAUACUGCGACGAGUUAAACAGAUCAGAAUACCGCCAGAGGUUCCCAAAGCUGGAGCCGAAGAAUGUCCAGUUAUGGUUUAAAAAUCAUCGGGCGAAGGUUAAACGAUCACGUCUAGAGAUUGAGGGCAAGACGGUGAUUAAGUCAGAGAGCUGCGAUGGAGAAAUGGCAGGGAAUAUCGCCAUGUACCGAAAUUCACUGUCUGCUUCAAGUUCUGGCUCUCAAGAAAUGCUUGGUGCGAGUUAUUCAAGUUAAAAUGUGUUCUUUAAGUUUUGGGACGCGUCGAAAUUUGGUUUUGGGUGUCACCCAGCAUAGUUUGGGUGAAUAUUUCAAUAGUAUUUUGAUCAUUUUGUGAAAGGAUGGCAUAGAUUUACAAAAUCUACAUCUGGGAAAGCGGUUACAAGAUUUCUGGUGGGGGUGUUACUAUUAUUCAUAUCAUGUGAGGGGUAGGAAAACCUUGAUACUUUUACAAAGAUUCCUUGAAGAUACUACUGUAAACUCAGUCAGGGCCUGUUGUGACUUUUAAAGGUGGCAGCACGAGCUCUAAUGGAAUUUAGAAAGUUGCAGUGGCUCCUGGCUGGUUUUACAGUCUGUUCAUUAGGUGCUGCUUUCAAAUAUCAGAAUAUAACUUAGAAACUUGGUGCUUGACUAUACGAUGGGGGGACAGAAGAGCUACCUGGCUGGAUGGCAUAUUCAUCUAUUGUCGUCUGUAAGUAAAAACCAACCAAAACUUUCUGACGCGUCCCAAAAUCAAAAUGUGCAAUCAAUCAAUAUGUGUUGCAUUUGUCUCAUAGCGCAAUAUUUACAUAAAUCACUGAAGUUUUCUGGUGAAAUGGUUUGUCAGAGAUUUUUACAAGAAUGACAAACGUGUUUUUACAGCUGCUAAAACUGUGUGUGACUAUGACCUGUGAAUGUUUUUGGUGUUGUUUAUUGUUGAGAUUUUUUGUGUUGAAAUCGUACUCUGUCUGGCCUGUUGGAAUUUUGAUCAAUUUCACAAAUUUACUGGGCACAAAUUAUCAGAUGAAUAUUGGUUCAAUGCUGAGAGUGUUUGGUUUCCUGUUCCUCUUCACUGAGUGCCGUAACGUAACCCAAUUCACCUCUAUUAUCCAGAGGAGAGCCUCUUGUGGUGGAAUGACGAUACUUUGCCGUGUUAGGGUCAGCCAAUAUUGAUGUCGACGUCAUGCCUGAUGUGAUGUCUGAAACAUCAACGACUGACCCCCUAAUUCGGCCAUUUUGUUUCGUCACAACAGAGCUCCACCUUCGUGACUAGGGUGAUCAUUUGGAACGAUCCAAAUUGAAAAACUUGAUGGGCUGUAUUGUUUUUUAUGUCCUGGUACUGACAGUUAUUGUGUUUUGCUGAGAUCAUGACGUUUUAUCGAUGAAAAUUCUCAAACCUUUGGACUGCAUUUUCUCAAAUUAUGUGCAAUUUUGUCAGGAAACAUUGCUAAUUGUUGGCAAUGAGUAUAAGUUCUUCUGGAGUUUGAAGCAACUUUCAGAUGAGGAUUCUAUUUCAAUUUGUUCUCCUUUAUUUGAUUUUAUAUGAUUUUAAACCUAGUUAUAUCAUAGUCUAGUUAACAUAUAAUAAAUUCAUAAAAUAUUGCUACUUUUCAAUCAUAGAAUGAUGUAAAAUUGGUUGUAAAAAUUCUUUGUAUACAGUGUGUCUCAAAAAAGAUGAUUUACUUUUUUUGAAAAGAUUUUUUGGGGAAGGCAAGGUCUUCUCAAAUUCAAAGUGAGAAUGGCUCAGAAAUGUUCUUUGUCUUGCAGGGCACUCCAAACAAUGUUGUCUUGACAGAAAAAAUACUAUUGUUUAACAACUGUGAACCAGUAUUUUUUGGAUACACUGUAUAAUGCAUGCACACUUUAUAACGGAAUCAAUAAUAUGAAAUUUAUCGAAAGUGUUUGCCUGGGAAUCUGAUUCAUGACAGAAUUAAUGUAUUCAAUAUGAUUCGUGUUCAAGGCAUGUUCAGCUGUACUGUGUAAAGAAAACGUUUUCCAGCUUGGUGUGGAGCAUAUGGGUUUGCCAUAUGUGGGAGACAUUGCUCGAUACCACCAACUUGUCCAGCACAAAUUUCUUCAGAGUCAAUUGUUUUUCCAAUUCAUUGGGGCUGUUCAUCUAACACAUUAACAACAGAGGUGGUCCGCAGAGGCAUUUUGAUCGGGAGUUACUCUCUAUGACGAUGAGGAGCAUUUAGUUCUGUCCUUUUCCAAGUGGUGUCACCACUGUACAUCAUCCCACCUGACCAUUUUCUCGGCUUUCAUUCGAGAAAUAUUGAAUUACAUUUAGAUAUAAGCUAACUGCAUUUAUCAUCUAAUGACGACUUUUGCCAUGGGUUGGUGUCUUUAUUUGUAUGUUAUUCUUGAUUGCAAUAUUUAUAUGUGCUGGUAUGCUAAUUCCUUGCCGUUAUGUUUAAAAUAGCUUUACCAAAAAUGCAUGAACGAUUUGGGAAAAUUAUGGGUUUACAAGACAAAGAUGAAACACUGACUUGUUUGCUAAUCUACAAAACUAGAGACGAGCAUGUUGCAUGCUUAGGUUAGAAUUAUACAAGCUUAAAGCAUUUACAUAUAAGUGCAAUUACAUAUGACAUGUGUAAAAUGUCAUGUUACCUGUAUUAUGUACUGUUCGGUUAUUUGGGGAUUAAUUACCUAGGAUUUGGUAACAGCGUGUUACAGGGGGGCUCCUGUAACACUUCUUGGUUUUGGGGUGUGAACAUUGGUCACGGGAAAGACAAAGACAAACCUUUCACAGAAACAGUUGUAUUUGUAUCAAAAGAACCCCACAGCCCAACACGCAUUGAUCCUGGUAAGGGACACACUCUGUGCCUGCCUGCUUUUUAACUGUGUACAUGUAUCAUAAACUAAUUGUUGACCUAUACUAUUAUGUAUGUUAUAACUGCCAUGUAGGGGUAUCUAGAACGAGUGUUCACCCUAUGCGUUCAUUAUGCACAUGCAAUGUGGAGGGGAUGACAAUAUGUACUGACGAUAAUUCUCCUGCUGGGUAGUGUUGGGACAGCUUAGGAUGUGGCCACUCUGCCAGGACAACGAUACCAAAUCCAGAUAUAUAAAAGUAAAACUAUGAUAACUUUUGGUCCAUAGGGUGAACCAAAACUAUAGAAAGAUUAUAUUAUGUUAAAGCUAAUGGAUUAUAUCAAAAAUCUAUAUUAUGAAAACAAAAAAUGUUACAAAAAUUAGGAGGAGUAUUUUGACAACUGU